UCAAGAGAUCCAUUAACUAACAGGCAUCUACCAUUCUCAGAGCAUCAACUUCACAUGACUGAAGAAAGCCAGAAAAUGUCCUACCAGAUCAUUUGGAUGACUCUAUUCUGUCUGCAGAUGACUGCUUCACAGAUAGAGAUAUCAAUCCAACAGAGCCCAGCACAGAUCUUUCUAGCCUCUGGAAAAACUGCAGAGAUAGAAUAUGCCUCCGAGCCGAGUCUUUCCAUCCUGAUUCCCUCCACCCCAGAGGAUGCUGAGCUUCCCCGCGUCAUUCCUCUGCUCUGCCUGCUCUCUGAUUUCACUCCUCCCUGGAGUGAAGUUCUCUGGGGCACUGGUGAGGAGGUGUCUGAAGGUCAGAUGGAUGCUGGAGCCAUAGACGGGAAUGGGGUCUUUAGUGUUUGGAGCCUAACAACAAUCCUGUCUGAGACGUGGAACAAGGAGACGACCUGCAAUUGCACAGCCAAGGAGAGCAGCACGGGGAGAAGCAUCAGUGCUACAGUCUCCAAGGAAACAGAUGAGGCCAGGAAAGAAAACUGCAGUUUUGUGUUAUAUGUUGGGCUGUCUUGUAUUUUCAUCCUUGUCGUCAUCCAGCUACUGAUCCUGCUCUUCAGAAAGUGUCCCUCCAGAGCAGGGAGAGCUUUGCAAACUGGGAAUCAAAUACCUAUGAGGCACAUUCCACAGACCGAGUAUGCAGCUGUGAGGUACAAUAAAUGAAAAGUGCCUUUUUAACUGACGUGGUCUGACAAAAUUAUUUAUAGGAUUUAAAAAAAGCUAUGCAUGAGGGAAAAAUGAAAGUGAAAGAAUUUCUGAGUCUAAUGUCUGCACUUUACUAAUUACUAAAACGUGAGGUGGCUGGGCUUAAAAUACAACUUGUUAUAGACUCAUAGACUUUAAGGUCAGAAGGGACCAUUAUGAUCUUCUAGUCUGACCUCCUACACAGUGCAGGCCACAGAAUCUCACCCACCCACUCCUGUAACAAACCCCUAACCUAUGU